AUGAAGGCUGUAGGUGAGAAAAAAUGUGAAAACGGAAACGAAACUGGGGACGAUGAGGUGGGAGUGCUGGAAAAACCUCAGAGACCUAUUCAUCGGCGAAGAAAGCUUCGCGAACCUCUGUAUGAAGAAGAUAUCAUUGAUGGAUUCGCAAUAGCAUCCUUCAAAACUUACAGUGAUUUGGAGCGGGCGGUGAGACAGGCGGAGCGGCGAGGUCUGAAGACGCUGGAGCCGCUGCCGCCGCCCGGAUCGACACCGGCCACCGUCCGGCGCCGCCGGAAGAGCAGCGACGGACGCACCCAGGGCGGAGGGCACAGCUCCGGCGAUGGCUACUUCUGCGACCACAGUGCCAGCGACGACGGAAAGGUGUCCGACUCUGGAUCGGUCAUCUUUUCGUCAGCGGGGAAACGCGAGUGUCCAACUCCAAACAGCGUGUCGCUGGUAAAACGAGAGAGUCCACCACCACCACCGAGCACCAGCGCCAAUGGUGCCCUGGUGACAUCUCCACACACCACGGCCGGCACCACGUGUGUGACAGCGCCGGCGGCCUCGCGCAGCCUGCCGGCCCACCAGGUCACCAUCGUCCCCCGGUGUACGGCGCCGCCCAGUCGCGGAUUCCUGCCCCACCCGGGCCUGGCCACGUACCCGGCACCGUCGGCGGCGCUCCGAGCGACCGGCGGCGACCCGACCGGCCGGCCGCCGCCGCCGCGGACGGCACCCGACACUGUGCCACCGCCCGCCGCCGCCGCCACUGCCGCUUCGCCGGUGCCGGGCCGCGCGCGGUUCGCCGUGAGGGACCUGGUGUCGCCGUCGGCGGCAGCGGCGCCGGUGGCGGCCGCCGGCCCGCCGCCACCUGGCCGCAACAAUGGCUGCUCGCCGGCACCGGCCUCCCUGCCGACGGCACCAGCGGCCAGCCGCGCCAAACCACCGAGACAUAAGACGAGCAGUGGCAGCCCGGCGUCGGCUUCUUCCCGGCGUCAGAGUCCGGCGCUUGACCGGCAACACCCCUACAGUGUGGCCGGCCUGAGCCGACUGCCUGGCCCUGCCGGCGCCGCUGCCGGGCCGGCCCCUCAGCGCACCCCGCCGGCCGCCGCUGUCCGGUCUCCCAUGUCGAUGGGCGUGUUCGCUCCGCCGCCUCCGCCGCCGCUGCUGGCAGGAGCCGGAGGACUGGGUCUGCCGCCCGCCGCGCCCGCUCCGCCUCCGCCGCCGCUGCCCGGACACGACGCAGCCAACAAGGCGGACCUGCUGCGGCGCGAACUGGACACCCGUUUCCUGGCCUCCCAGGACCACAGUAUCUCUGUGGGCCCGCCGCCAUACCUGCGGCCCACCAGCGCCGAGCUGCACCAGCAGUCGCACCAGCACCAGCACCACCAGCACCACCCGGCACCACCGCCAGCGCUGCUGAAGUCUGUGCCGAAGCUGGGCUCGGUGAACUCGCCGUUCUUCCCGACCGGCUCAGCGCCGUCGAUGGCGACUAUGUCGCCGCUGUCGGCUCGGCCGCCGGCGCCCUCCUUCCUGCCCGGAGCGCCGCUACAGUUGACGGCUCCGAAGAAGACCGGCCGCUGGAACGCUAUGCACGUGCGGAUAGCCUGGGAGAUCUACAAGAACCAGCAGAAGUCGCCGGCGAGUGCGUGCGGCCCGGAGCGGGGUUCUGCCGGCCCGGUGGGGCCGCGGCCGGUGGAGCCGCCCCUCCUGCCCGGACCCGGCACGCACCUCCGGCCCUCGCUGAUAGAUGUGACGGGCGCGCCGCACCCGCUCGCACCUGCCGGGUUCCCGCGCUACCCCAGCCUGGCGCCACCUGUGAGCGGUGCCUUCAGCGGCCUGCUGCCGCCCCCGCCCCCGCCCGGCGCCUUCCUGGACCGCCACGGACCGGCGCCGCCCGCCGGUGGACACCCCUUCGCGGCGCUGGAUUCGUGGAGCAGGCUGGCGCGUCCCCCGGUACCGACCAGCUCCUGGCCGUCUCUGAAGCCGGAGCCGCCGCCGGCCGCCCCGGGCCGGCCUCCCUACAGCCCUGCUCUGGAGGAGCGCGACCGGCGGCCCAGCUCCGCAGAGCGGCGCCGGACGGCGGCCACCCCGCCGCGCCGCGAUCACUCGCGGUCACCCAUCCGACUGAAGGCGGAGCCGCCCGAGCCGCGGCGGGACCACGAGGAGCGGCCCCGCUCCGCCGACCACAAAGGAGCGGCGGCGGCGGCAGCGGCGGCGGCGCGGCACAUAAACGGCGUGCUGCAGUCGCGCGAGCUCGAGCGGCUGGCCCGCGACCGCCAGCUGCUCGACCACAAACUGCUGUGGGGACUGCACGCGCCGGCCGCGCCGCCUUACGGCAUGCGUCCGCCGCCGCCUCCGCCGCACGACUCGCUGCAUCUAGUCAACAGUUUCAAGUCGCCGUAUCCGGGCGCGGUACCGGGGCUCGGGCCGCCGCUCGGGCCGCUCGCCGGUCUGGCCGGCUGCUCGUCUAUGCCCCUGCGGAGGCUGGAGCCGCCGCCGGCGCCCGGCGCGCCGCCGUUACCGGGCCUGCCGCGCCGGGACGCCGACCCGGGUCGGUAA